GUCUUCUAAACGCCGACGUGUGCAGCCUCUAGGAGCAGGAUGGAGAGCAGUGAGGAGAGCUUCCUCUCAUCAGGAGAGGAGGAGGAGGAAGAGCUCUCCUCCUUCCAGCUCAGCGAUGAACUGCAAGAUCUAGAGAAGCAGCUGUCCCACAUCCAUGUCCAUAUUCCUGAAGUUGUAUUUGAAUUUGACUGGAGUUCCGUUGACACCAGCAACCUACCCGAGUCCUACAAGACAAACUCUCCCAAGGAGCAAAUGCUGUUGCAGGUGGCUGACAAUUUUCACCGACAGUAUGCGCAUCUCUGCCCAGACCGUGAGCCUCUCUUCCUCCACCCUAUAAACGAAUGCCGUGUGGAAAAAUUUGUGAGCACCACUGUGCGCCCAACUCUGCUUCCUUACUCAGAGUUGUACAACUGGGAUGGCUGUGCCCGCUUUGUGGCAGACUAUCUCACCAUGGAGCCCCUUCCGUCUCCUAUCGCGCCGCCCGGUUACCUGUACUCCCCGACUACAAUCCUGCGCUACCAGCGGGGGAACUGCUUUGACUUCAGCAUCCUGCUGUGCUCUCUGCUUAUUGGCGCAGGUUAUGAUGCCUACUGCGUCAAUGGCUAUGCCACCCGGGAAAUAUGCAUGAUGGAUGAGUCCAGGGAGGUGUGCCCACUCUUGAAAAAACCAGAAGAGGUCGCAGUAGAGGCUGAAAAACAGAAGCCCAAGAAGUACGCCAUCAAGCCCCCCCGGGAUUUAAGCAGUAAAUUUGAGCUGCGCCAGGAAGCCAAGCAGGAAGCAAUUGUGCAAGCUGCUCUGGAGAAGAAGCGGAAGGAGGAAGAGGAAAAGAGACUGGAAGCUGAGAAGCCCCCGCCAGACAAUCUGUAUGGUCUCCGGGUCCAUGCCUGGGUUCUGGUUCUUUCAGGCAAGCGUGAAGUGCCGGAGAGUUUCUUUAUUGACCCUUUUACAGGGAAAAGCUACAGUACCACAGAUGAUUACUUCCUUGGUAUUGAGAGUGUCUGGAACCACCGGAAUUACUGGGUCAAUAUGCAGGACUGUUGGAAUGCCUGUAGGGAUCUCCAGUUUGACCUCGGGGACCCCGUGCGGUGGGAAUUCAUGUUGCUCAGCACCGACAAGCCCCUCCUGUCACUGCCAGAAAUGGAGGAGGAAGAGGACCUUGUGGAGGACGAGGUGGAUGACAUGAUGAAGGAAGACGAAGUAAAGGGCUUUGACAUGCCUGCAUCUUGGGUGGAGCAGAUCCAGAUAUCUCCAAGAGAGUUUGAGACACGUUGUCCCCAAGGCAAGAAGGUGAUUCAGUACAAGAACGCCAAGCUGGAGAAAUGGGCGCCGUAUCUGAAUGGCAACGGACUGGUCACCCGCCUCACCCUCUUUGAAGAUCCAGACCGCACCAAAGUGCUGGAAGUGAAGGAAUGGUACAAGAACCGGGAAGACGUGUUGGAGACAAGAGAGCUGAAUAAGCAAACGGAAGUGACAAAGGAGACCUUCAUGCCUGGGCAUGUGCAAGGCCUCAAAGCGCACAACUACUUGACUAUGGACCCCGAGACAGAUCGCACCAUGGAGUUUUAUAGCGAGACGCGGGUGGAUGGCCUUCAGAAACGGAUUGAAACUCCCAAUGACAUGGAGGAGUAUUUUGAAGGACGGUCGGAUUUCCUGUAUUACCGGCACGCUGAGUUUGGCAAAAGAAUAAAGAAACCAGGCAACGCUGCGGCCAUCACGGAAAGCAAUGCCCGACCUAUACUGAAAAUCACUGAGUGGUUCCACAGGAACCCACAAAAACCAGCUGACGAAGAUGUGGCAGAGCGCAUCUUUUCGAUAGUGGAGGAGAAGAUCUUCUUGACCUACCACUGCAAGGAGAACUACAUCACCGCCUCGAAGAGGGACUUCAACAAGCGGGCGGACGUGGACAGCAUGGGGAAUAAGAUCAUCAUGACCCCUGACAUGUGCAUCAGCUACCAGGCAGGGUCCACGGAGAAGGAAAAUAAGCUGUUCCACCUGUAUGAAAUGAUGAUGCACCUGAUAGAGGACGAGAAGAAAUCCCGGCACCUAGUGUGGGAGUCAGAAAUGGAGGUCCUGGAUAUUCUGAGGAUUCGAGAGGAAGAAGAAGCAGCCAGCAAGUUGACCGUUUCUAUUUAUGAUACCGAGAGGAACGAGAAGAGCAAGGAACAGCGAGAGGCAAUGGAGCGCCAGCAGCAAGAGGAGCGCCAGCGGCAAGUGGAGCAGGAUCUGGACUACCUGGCGCCUUUCCUGAUCCAGAUUGGUGGCAUCGAGAAGAUGACCAAGUGGAUGGCUUUGCGCCUGAAGGAGGACUGCCUCAACGAUUUCAAGCACCGUCUCGUUGACAAGGCCAACCUCAUCCAAGCGCGUUUCGAGAAGGAAACCCAGGAGCUCCAGAAGAAGCAGCAAUGGUACCAGCAGAACCAGCUCAACAUGACCCUAGAGGAUGAGGAUGCCUACCUGACCUACUGCUCAGAUGCCAUGUUCCGCAUACGCAUCCUGGAGCUCCGCCUCAGCAGGCACAAAGAGAGAGCUCCGCUAAAAUACAUAGCAUUGGAAGAGAAACUAUGCAAAGACCCUCGCUUGUCUGAGCAUCUCAGAUUUUAUAUGUGACUUUGCUCCAAAUUUGCACAACCAUAGCUGGGAAUGACCCCUUGAUACCUCUUGAUGGCUUCCUUGAUCUGCCAGUGCAAAGUAUAAUGACCAAAGAAGACUUUUGUUC